AUGAAAGUUGGUGGAAAGGUAUUUGCUCUCAGUGGUGCGGAUGCCUCAAAGUAUGAUAAUCUGGUUCGAGGUACUUGUUUUAUUAAUGACAUUCCUUUAAUUACUAUGAUUGAUAUUGGUGCUACACAUUCCUUUAUAUUUGCUGAUUGUGUGAAGAGAUUGAAUCUUAUGGUGUCAGCUAUGAAUGGAAGUAUGGUUAUCGAUACUCCAGCGAAUGGGUUGGUAACUACUUCUUUAGUUUGUUUGAAUUGUCCAUUGACAAUAUAUGUGUUGUUUCCUGAGUUUGUGGAGGAGAAAGGUCCUCAGUUUAUUUUUUCUAGACAAGUUGAAGAGUUCCUAAAAUAUGAAGCUCAAGUGUUUAUGAUGUUUGCAUCAUUGAAAAUCAAAGGAAAAUCGAUGUUGAAUGAUCUUCCUAUAGUGUGUGAAUUUCCAGAUGUGUUUCUUGAUGAUAUUCCUAAUAUACCUCUAGAGAGAGAGUUUGAGUUCAACAUAGAUUUAAUACUCGAUACUAGACAUGUGUCGAUGGCACCUUAUAGAAUGUCUCCAGCAAAAUUGAGUGAGUUGAAGAGUCAACUAAAAGAUUUGCUUGAUAAGAAAUUUGUCAGACCAAGUGUAUCACCUUGGGGACCUCCAAUGUUAUUAGUGAAGAAGAAAGACAGUAGUAUGAGAUUGUGUGUUGACUAUCGUCAGCUGAAUAAGGUCACCAUCAAUAAUAAGUAUCCUCUUCUCAAAACCGACGACCUUAUGGAUUAG